GAAGAUGGUAUAUUAAAUAGGAUAGAUAAAAAGACAACAACGCGGAGACCAGGAGAGAACCACCAUCUUCUGCGGAUUCAUAAGAUACAGACCAACGGGAGGACUAUAUUCUAUUGCUGGCCUUGCAAUUCAACUGGGAGGACUAUAUUCCUCAGAUCAAUUGGAUGAAAAAAUGCAUAUACCCAACACACACAAGUGCCAUUUGAAGCUGAAGUAUCAACUUUUUUGGGAUAAACCAUGUGAUAUAUGUGGAAGUAUUGGCUACAUCGAGUCUCUUGCCACUUGUACCAAGUGUAAUGUUGCUCAUGAGCAUAUGUAUGGCUAUUGUAUGCGAAACAACUUGAGAGCUCUUCCAGUUAUGUGGUUUUGUGAGACUUGUCGAUUGAACCCUUACAUGGUCUCUCUGGAAUCUGAUGCCAAGGGAUGCAUUCCAAGCAAAAAGGUCAAGAUGACUGAUGCAGAUGCUGGACCAAAGAACCCUGGUGCUGAAGAAAAGAAGCAACUGGUGAUUUUACCAAAACUCAAUACUGAUUGUCAAAAUAAUCCUGCUUUAUAUUCUACUUGGAAGGGAAGCUUUGAGAUAUGUGAUAGAAGUCUCCCUGGGGAAUUCUACGAUGGAUUUCAGGCUCAUCCUCCAGAAAAAGUUUCUCGGAAGGCAUAUGAAGCUUCCAAAAAAAUGCCUGGAAUACUGCAGUUUAAGCUGCAACCCCGGCAGAAUGUUUGGUCAGAGAUCUUCCACAAGUGUCCUCCUGCUGGAAAUGAUGUUGCUUUGUAUUUCUUUCCUGGGGACUUUUAUAGGUCCAAGGAGAUGUACAAUUCCCUGUAUGAUCUCAUUGAGAGGGAUGAUUUAAUGAUGCUAAGUUCCUUCAAUGGUCUUGAAUUACUGAUAUUUACAUCUAGAGAGCUGCCUGUGGAUUUGCAGAGGAUAAAUAUGCCGUUCUUUCUUUGGGGAAUUUUCCGCGUCCAACAUAUAAAAGAAAAAAUUAAUCAUGUACAAGAAUUAUGCUCUUCAUCUGUACCUCCUUUGGAGAGGCUACAGGGCAAUCAUGAAGACAAUGAUAACCCGGAGGUCAUUGACAUGGAAGUUGACAUGGUAGGUGGGAAGGAUGUUGGGAGAGUGGAUAUACCUGUGAAGCGUUUUAUUACUGGAGGAACUAUAACUCUGGGGAGUUCACCAAAAAUUAAAAUAGAAAAGUGUAGUGGCAUCGGUGUUCUUGGGCUAGUUGGAACAGUUUCAGGGGUGGAUGCUUCUGAAGAUCCAUUUCUAAAACCACUCUUGAAGGUCAAAAGAGAAUGGUACAAUAACCUUGAUGCUCCCCCUGGAUUUCCCAGGCAUGUUAUAAGCAAGACUGCCCAAACAGGGCCUUUGCAAAGGCCCGUUGAUGAUAAAGAAUUAACAGUUACAGGUGUGGAUGCUUCUGAAGGUCCCUUGCAAAAACCACUCAUGAAGGUGCCAGUUGUUCGGGAGAAUUUGCACAGUAAAGCUCCACAUCCUUUAUCCAAGGUCAAAAGAGAAUGGCUCAAUAAUCUUGAUGCUCCCCCUGGAUUUCCCAGGCAUGUUAUAAGCCAGAUUGCCCAGACAGGGUCUUUUCAAAGGCCUACUGAUGAGAAAGAGUCAACGGUUACAGGUGUGGAUGCUUCUGAAGGUCCCCUGCAAAAACCAUUCAUGCAAGUGCCAGCUGUUCAGGACAAUUUGCACAGCAAAACUCCACAUCUUUUAUCCAAGGUGAAAAGAGAGUGGGACCAUAACCUUGAUGCUCCUCCUGGAUUUCCCAGGCGUGUUAUAAGAAAGACAGCCCAGGCGGGGUCUUUGCUAAGGCCUCCUGUUGAUGAGAAAGACUCAAAGCACUGGAAAGAGCAAAAGAGAUCAUGAUUCCCAUUUCCCAGGACCCAGAAAGCAAUUCUCAGUCUCAUUUUAGAAAUCUGUACAGUUGAGAAAUCUGUGUUAUUCCAUGUUGCUUUUUAUUUCUGUCCUCAUGGAUGGCAUAUGCCAGGGCAUUUCAUUUAGCUCUCUGUAUCACUGUAUGUUUAUUUUGCGGUUAUACUUUUGUACAUGCACAGGAAUAUUGAAAAGAAAGUUAAAAAAGGGGGGAAAGUUUUCCAUGA